UCAGUUUAUCUCUCUGAGCUGUCCCAGCUCCACAUUGCAUAGAGGUUUUUACCAACUUCCUCAGCCAGCUGACUGUCAGUGUCUCUCAGCACUCUGGUCUUCUCACAAUGCAGCAGUCCAACAGCACAGCCUCUAAUCACACCCGGGGAGCCGUGGCCCCCAGUGUUGUCCUGGGGCUCUGCAUGCUGGUGGGGGUCCCCAGCAAUGCUGUGGUGAUCUGGGCUUUGCUCACCAAGCUGAGGAGAGUCACCUUCACCGUGAAGCUCAUGCUGAACCUGGCCAUCACCGACCUCCUCACACUCAUCACCCUGCCCUUUUGGAUCUACGCCUUGCUGGCCACCUGGGUGUUUGGAAGCGGCCCAUGCAAGUUCCUGUCCUAUAUCAUCUACUGCAGCAUGUACACCAGCGUGCUCAGCGUCACCCUGAUGAGUGUGCAGCGAUCCAUCAUGGUGCUGUACCCUCAGGCCAAGCUGUGGCUGCGCCGCAGGGGGGAGAACGCUGUGCUCCUGGGGAUCUGGGCCCUCGCCAGCCUCUUCGCCAGCCCCACAAUCAAAGUCCGGGACGUGGUGGAGGACAGCGACUUGCAGAAGAUGUGUUUGCCCAGGACAUACAGUUCAGACAGCGAGAGAGUGGUGCUCCUGUUGCUGGAGACACUCCUGGGGUUCGUCAUCCCUUAUUCCAUCCUGACCACCUCUUACAUCUGCCUCACCAGGAGGGUGAAGCAAACCACCUUCGCCAGCAGCAUGAGGCUGGAGAAGCUGAUAACAUGGAUUGUAAUGAUGUUCUUUGUCUUUUGGUUACCUUAUCACAUAUUCAACCUGCUGUACGUCUACACUACUUUGAAGAAAGUGUCCACAGAGGGCACGUCCUUGGUGGGGAAAGUUUUGGAGGUGGGCACCAACAUAGCCGGGUCUCUUGCUCUGGUCAACAGCUGCCUCAACCCGUUCCUCUACGCCUUCGCCACGCACAGCAUCCGCAGGGACAUCAGGUCCAGGAGGUUUUUGCAGCGCUUCAGGCUGGUCUGCAGUUCCAAAGGCGGGGACACCCUCACGCAGGACUCUCAGAAUCGCGCCCAGGCGACAGGGCUCUGUGUGCAGGCCAGCUGCCAGCCUGAACAGGACAGCUGCGCUCCGAGGUGAAGCUCUUUUUGUUUCUGCAUUAGCAGUUUCACAGGACUGGAGUGUGGCAGCUUAGACAGGGUGUUUAUGCUAAAUAUUUAGCCAUUUGUGUCUGUUGCCUGGCAUGAGACAAUGCUUAAAAGCUCUGAAAAGCUCUGUUUUGUGGCUUAAGGUGUAAAUGGGGGAAGACAGGGGGUACAAUCCGACACCUGCCCUGUCAGGGCACAAGGAAGAAGUAUAUCUGCUAAUCCGGUGAUUUACUCUGAUACAACACAAGAAAAUGAACAGGGGAUUCAGAGAAAAGGCUUUUCAUCAAUAUUUAUUAGAGAAUAACAGAAAAUAAUUAUGUAAGCAUUUGCUAAAUUUAGAAUUAUUCUGUCACUGUUUUAUAUACAGUAUUUAUUUGAUGGUGAUAAGUAUUUCAAUGUCUAGUUUGAAAUUAGAUUCCAGUGCAAUGUUUGCAUGUGCAGUUUAAGUGCAUUUUAUUAAAUCACUGAAUUUUGCUUAAUUAUAAUAUCAGAGAUUCUAAUUUACUUAGUUUUUGAUGCAUUAAAUGAAAAUGUCAAUAUUAGUCUUUCAGCUGUGUUAGUGCACAGCUUGAUAUUGCCUUAAAGCAGUGGUUCUCAAACUGUGGUACGCGUACCGGCAGUGGUGCGUGGAGUGCCGCCA